CACAUGAUUGGGGUAAGCAGAGCCCCUUGGAGGGGAGCGACGUUGGACGAGCAGGGCAGGGCAGUGGCCUCCAGAGGACCAAAGCCAUGCGAGUCCGGGGUUGCAAGGCCAGCACUGCUGAGGAAUGCUGCUCGGCAGAAUCAAGAGGGCUCUCUCAGCGGGUCGCGGCAGUCAUCGCCAUGGUGACCCUGAUCCUCCCCCCAAACCCUCAAAGAGUCAAUCCAUCUUCCAUGGCAAAGAAACGCAAAGUUUACAGCUUUAAAUAUUCAAGGCUCAACAAAGUUUGUCUAGGGACACUAGAGAAUAUAAUGACACGUUCCUAUAGCCAAUAUUUAACACUGUUCUGUAUCAAGGCAAAAUUCACCCAAGGGCCAUCCAUCCAUCCAUCCAUCCAUCCAUCCUUCCAUCCAUCCAUUCCCCCAUCCUUCCAGUCAUCUUCACAAAAUGAAUGAACCACUUCUCCUGUACAGGGCCUUGGUGAGCCUGGAGUCUUUCCCAGGCUGCACUGGGCAUGGCGACACCCUGGACGGGAUGCCAGUCCAUCAAAGGGCAUCAUGGGACAAUUAAGUAAAAGUUACGGUAGUGAGGGUCAUUAAGGGACACUGAGAGCUACGUGUUUUAUUAACAAUGCGCAGUCGGACCGGGGGCUGAAAACUUCCGCCUCGAGGCUCCAUCACAGGAAGCAAAACAGGACCCGCUGGAGAGAGCUUGCCGCGUUCCAUGUCCCAACACCGAGUGGCCAGCGAUUAAGGCUGGAACACGGGGCAGAAUAACACAAAGCGUGGAGCCUUUUAACAAACGGUAACAAAAACCGGACUCUUGGAUCUCCAUGACAGGAAUGAUACUUCAAAAUACUGGAAGGCAUUUCACUGCCAAAUGAUUCAGAGGCCAGUUUUUAAAGGCGGCACAACUCCAGCAGAGGUAGGUCAUCCCUCCAUCUUUCGGGACAGCAUCACGGGCAGCCUGUAGGGUGCCAGGCCAGCAAGGGUCAUUCCUAAUUCACCAGAACCGUGAGGUUUUGGACUUGUAGAGGAAAAGCCCAGAGAUGACAGGCAAACUCUAAGUUCUGAGCCAGAGGGUGCGAACCGAACCCACUGGUGCUGGCAGUGUGAGACCACAGUGCUGCCCACCAAACCACCACACCAGCCUAGCAGGACACACGCUACAUUAAUGACGGAUAUGCAGAAGUAAACACUGCACAUUUGCUGUGUCACGUCCUGCAGCAAAAGGCACUGACUGCUCACAGCAUUUGGCCAUUUCUCAACAGAGGCCGCCAGCACAUUUCUUCUCCUAUGAAAGUUUGGAAGUUCGGGCUGCUAAACACAUUUUCUGAUGAUAAAAUCCAGGAAGAGUGACAGGCGUCACUGCUGGGAAAGCACAGAGCCAGCCACACACUGUCUCCGGUGGGAUAGUGGUGAGGAGAGAGACAUCGCUGUAGGAGACUCCCAUUAGCGUCAGAUCUUACUACCCAUGGCGCCCUGAGAUCACAUGUAUGUGUAUACAUGAGUGCCACCUGUAAAAAUAACAGAAGAGUCUCUUAUUCUCCGUCAUCAAUUUACUUCUGUCAGUUUCCUGUUUCGUGGCUGAAAGAAACUACAGAUGUAGACACAUGGUGCUGGAAAUGUGGGGCAGGCAACAGUAACUUUGGAUGGACUGGGUACAGCCCCCUCCAGUCCUCCAGCUCAUGUCCCUGAAACACGGCUGAAAGCUGAAUGCCACUGAUUGUUUUUCCAAAAUUAACCAGAGGGGGCGCUUUACGACGGAUGGCCUUAGAGGAUCCUUCCCUCUUCUUCUCACCAGUCUCUCUCCCAGCACUUGCCCUCCUCCCCUCUCUCUGACCUCUGAUAUAAACAGGGCUGCCUUUGUGCCCCUGCUCUGUAAUUCCCAGUAGCCCCCUCCCCCCACCCAACACCCACAAAUGUGCACAGUUCUGUUACUGAAUCAGGAAUUAUUUUUACUGCCCCUUGCUCUAGACUUCAGCUUUCCCUGUCUGCUGUCACUCCCUGUGUGCAGCCACUCCCUGCUGCUGUCACUCCCUCUGUGCUGUCACUUUGUACUGUUGUCACUCUCUCUGUGCUGUCACCACCUGUCCGCUGUCACUCCCUCUGUGCUGUCACUCCCUGUCCGCUGUCACUCCCUCUGUGCUGUCACUCCCUGUCCGCUGUCACUCCCUGUCCGCUGUAACUCUCUCUGUGCUGUCACUCCCCGUCCGCUGUCACUUCCUCUGUGCUAUCACUUUGUGCUGCUGUCACUCUCUCUGUGCUGUCACUCCCUAUCUGCUGUCACUCCCUCUGUGCUGUCACUCCCUGUGUGCAGCCACUCCCUGCUGCUGUCACUCCCUCUGUGCUGUCACUUUGUACUGUUGUCACUCUCUCUCUGCUGUCACCCCCUGUCCGCUGUCACUCCCUCUGUGCUGUCACUCCCUGUUCGCUGUCACUCCCUCUGCUGUCACUCCCUCUGUGCUGUCACUCCCUGUCCGCUGUCACUCCCUGUUCUCUGUCACUCUCUCUGUGCUGUCACUCCCUGUCCGCUGUCACUUCCUCUGUGCUAUCACUUUGUGCUGCUGUCACUCUCUCUGUGCUGUCACUCUCUCUGUGCUGUCACUCCCCGUCCGCUGUCACUUCCUCUGUGCUAUCACUUUGUGCUGCUGUCACUCUCUCUGUGCUGUCACUCCCUAUCUGCUGUCACUCCCUCUGUGCUGUCACUCCCUGUGUGCAGCCACUCCCUGCUGCUGUCACUCCCUCUGUGCUGUCACUUUGUACUGUUGUCACUCUCUCUCUGCUGUCACCCCCUGUCCGCUGUCACUCCCUCUGUGCUGUCACUCCCUGUUCGCUGUCACUCCCUCUGCUGUCACUCCCUCUGUGCUGUCACUCCCUGUCCGCUGUCACUCCCUGUUCUCUGUCACUCUCUCUGUGCUGUCACUCCCUGUCCGCUGUCACUUCCUCUGUGCUAUCACUUUGUGCUGCUGUCACUCUCUCUGUGCUGUCACUCUCUCUGUGCUGUCACUCCCUAUCCGCUGUCACUCCCUCUGUGCUGUCACUUUGUGCUGCUGUCACUCUCUCUGUGCUGUCACCCCCUGUCCGCUAUCACUCCCUCUGUGCUGUCACUCCCUGUCCGCUCUCACUCCCUCUGUGCUGUCACUCCCUGUCCGCUGUCACUCCCUGUCUGCUGUCACUCUCUCUGUGCUGUCACUCCCUGUCUGCUGUCACUUCCUCUGUGCUAUCACUUUGUGCUGCUGUCACUCUCUCUGUGCUGUCACCCCCUGUCCGCUAUCACUCCCUCUGUGCUGUCACUCCCUGUCCGCUCUCACUCCCUCUGUGCUGUCACUCCCUGUCCGCUGUCACUCCCUGUCCGCUGUCACUCUCUCUGUGCUGUCACUCCCUGUCUGCUGUCACUUCCUCUGUGCUAUCACUUUGUGCUGCUGUCACUCCCUCUGUGCUGUCACUUUGUGCUGCUGUCACUCUCUCUGUGCUGUCACUCCCUGUCCGCUGUCACUCCCUCUGUGUUGUCACUUUGUGCUACUGUCACUCUCUCUGUGCUGUCACUCCCUGUCCGCUGUCACUCCCUCUGUGUUGUCACUUUGUGCUACUGUCACUCUCUCUGUGCUGUCACUCCCUGUCCGUUGUCACUCCCUCUGUGCUGUCACUUUGUGCUGCUGUCACUCUCUCUGUGCUGUCACUCCUUGUCCGCUGUCACUCCCUCUGUGUUGUCACUUUGUGCUGCUGUCACUCUCUGUGCUGUCACUCCCUGUCCACUGUCACUCUCUCUGUGCUGUCACUCCCUGUCCGCUGUCACUCCAUCUGUGCUGUCACUUUGUGCUGCUGUCACUAUCUCUGUGCUGUCACUCCUUGUCCGCUGUUACUCCCUCUGUGCUGUCACUCCCUGUCUGCUGUCACUCCCUGUCUGCUGUCACUCCCUGCUCACACCUGUCACGUUUGUAUAUUGCUUCCUCCAGUUCCCAUAUUUCCACAUUAAUCCUAUCAGCUCUUUUCAGUUCUAUACAUAAAAUAUAUUCUCAAAUAUAAAUUCUCAAAACCAUUUAUUUAGUUAGUUUCAUUUAUUUGCAUAAUCCAUUCUUGACAAAUUCUUACAUUCAUUUCAGUUCAAUUCAACAAAACCCACUCUGGUUGGACCAAAAGGGGAAAAUAGCAUCUCAUGAUUAACUAGCUGUCCAACCCUUGAAGGUCUGCUAAUCACAUUAGUCAAUCAGUUACCACUAUGAGCAGGUAAGUCAGUAUUUUUUGACUGGUGCAGUUGUAGUCGCAGGCAGAGUUGUGAAACACUGCCUGUUUGUCUGAGGGGAAAUUCCACCCUGCUUCAUUCCCCUACGAGGCCUACAGGACACGAGUUAUGUAAUUAUGUCCCACGACUGGCACGGCUCAGCCUUGGAAAAGGAUGUUGGGCUCUUUUUGGUUGGCUUGGUAUUUGGUAAGGAUUAGUUACAGGGAAGCAGUAACCACCCGUAACUUUUUUCUUCCCCCCCUGGCAAAGGCGUCGUGAGCAUUUCUGCAGUGUGAAGCAGCUGCCCACACCCCGCUACACAUUUCCUAUCCUGAAGCCUCUCUGCGUAAAACAAUUUUUUACAUGCAGUCCUGGGUUUUCAUUUACAUUUGUAAUUAUGAAACUUUAGUUUUGUUUCAUUCUACAACAAUAAACUGUAAACUGGUGUUUAUUUCAGUUAAGAAUCUCUAAGCAUCCCCUUAUGAAGGAGCAGGAUCUGCAGCCACCAGGCUAUCGCCACAAACCAGUACAGGAGAGACAGUCAGGGCACUACCAUGGAUGUCUGCCACAUUUGCGAUGUCUAAAAGAAACAGACAUUCACAAAAUAACUUGCACAACACAGAACUGGCUAUUUUUCUGGGCCUAUAUCAAAAGUCUCAAAGUUCCAACACGCGACAUGCUUUUUAAUCAUGUUUUUAAGCCGGCACCAAGCUCUGCAAUUUUCCCACCAUUUCCCCUCCUCAGCAAAUUUACCGUCAGAUUAUACAUAUAUGGGGUUUUCUUGUGUCCCCUUUCAGCGCACCUCCCCCCCGGUGAUUUGAGUUUGAGGUCUUGGGCCGGCAAUCUAUUUUCAAAUUCAGAAUAACAUUAGACAAUGCAUUAUCUUGUACUUAGUGGCCUGCUACCAUCAUUACUCUGAAAGAAAUGUUAUAAUUAGGAAAUAUUUGGACUGGAUAAUGCCAAAUUACAUUCUAACAGCAUGUUAGAGCAGCUAUGGCUCAGUUUGACACGCAUGACACAUCAGGGCGUAUUUGGCUGAGGUGUGUUUCCUAUGACCAGUAGGAGAAGUGGGAAAAGUAAAUGGAGAUAAAGAAAAAAAAAUCCAUCCAUCCAUCCCUCUCUCUUCUAGCUGUAUCCUGAUCAGUUGCUGGGGGGCCUGUACCACAAGGCUGGGAUAUACUCUGGACUGGACAGGAUUACCAACUAGCAUAUUAUGACAAAUUCAGGCUAAUUUAAAUAUCAUCCAUUUGCAGGCUAACGAACCCACAUUCCGUCACAGCAGCAGCGGGGGUGGCGGCCAGGGCUGGCACACUGAUGGGCUUUGCAUUUCUUGGAAAGUUCCCAAGGCUGGAUUAGAGUAUGCAAUUCCUUGAUUUUCACACCUUGAAUGGAAAAGAUCAGGUUAUUAGAUGUAUUUUGUUCAUUUUAAUCCUUUAAAGCAGGAUUUUUAGAAUUGGAUCUGUCUUCCAGCUAUUCUCUGUCUUAUAAGAACGAUACACUAUUUCCUGGAAACUGGAAAUUUACCCUGUAAGAGCCGAGAGCAGCCAGACACCCUGUUUAUCCAACCCCCAACCCCACCCGCACGCGUCCCCCCUUAGGUUGACCAUCGAUUCUCCAGCGAAAGCAGGAAGCAGGAAAAAGCGGCAAACAGACAUUUUUUAGAGCCACAGGUGGCAAAUUGUUCAGCUUCUUCUGGCACAUAGAGGCAGACAAGGAGGCAAAGAAAGGAAAAGACUGGCAAAGGGAGGAAAAGAAAGACAAAGAAAGGCAGAGGAGGUGAAAAGGUGUGUGUGUGCGUGGUGUGUACGUGUGUGGUGUGUGUGUGUGUGCGUGUGUGUAUGUGUGUGUGUGUGCGUGUGGUGUACGUGUGCCUAUAUGUGUGUGGUGUGUGUGUGUGCGUGUGUGUGGUGUGUGUGUGUGCGUGUGUGUAUGUGUGUGUGUGUGCGUGUGUGUAUGUGUGUGUGCGUGGUGUACGUGUGCCUAUAUGUGUGUGGUGUGUGUGUGUGCGUGUGUGUGGUGUGUGUGUGUGCGUGUGUGUAUGUGUGUGUGUGUGCGUGUAUGUAUGUGUGUGUGCGUGGUGUACGUGUGCCUAUAUGUGUGUGG